UUUCCCAGCGGCGGCGGCGGCUAACGAAGAAAAGAAACUUGGUAAUGCUGCUUAUCUUCAAUCAAACAAUCUCCUUCUGAUAAAAGAUGUCAUUAGAAAACACAAAAGUCGAAGCGAAGAGAGUGUUCAUAGGAGCAGGAUGCAACAGAGUCGUCAAUAACGUCUCUUGGGGAGCUUCUGGUCUUGUCUCCUUUGGUGCCCAAAACGCCGUUGCUGUUUUCUGCCCUAAGACUGCCCAGAUUCUUACUACUCUUCCGGGGCACAAAGCUUCUGUGAAUUGCACUCAUUGGUUACCCACUUCCAAGUUUGCUUUCAAAGCCAAGAAUUUGGACCGGCAUUAUCUGCUCUCAGGUGAUUCAGAUGGUAUCAUCAUCCUCUGGGAACUAUCUGCUCUUCAUAACAAUCAACAGUGGAGACAUGUGCUACAACUACCACUGUCUCACAAGAAAGGUGUUACUUGCAUCACCGCUUAUAUGGUUUCUGAAACCGAUGCAAUGUUUGCUUCUGCUUCUUCUGAUGGAGUUGUUAAUGUCUGGGAUGUUUCUUUUCCGUCUCAGUCCAGUGAGGAAUGUAAAGUGGUGUGUCUGGACUCUAUCUGUGUUGACACUAAAGCAAUUGUAACGCUUUCAUUAGCGGAAUUGCCUCAAAAUCCUGGUCGAUUUGCCCUUGCGUUGGGCGGAUUGGACAAUAAAAUCAAACUUUACUGUGGAGAAAGAACAGGAAAGUUUACUUCUGUUUGUGAGCUUAAAGGCCACACGGACUGGAUUCGAAGUUUGGACUUCUCAUUACCAUUACACUCAACAGAAGAAACAGCCAAUAGUAUUAUGCUUGUGAGUUCUUCACAGGACAAAGUUAUUCGGAUCUGGAAACUUGUGUUAGUCGGUGAUGUUGGCUCGUGGCGAAGAGAAAUCACUCUAGCUUCCUACAUUGAAGGCCCAGUUUUUGUCUCAGGGACAUUUACAUAUCAGAUUUCAGUUGAAUCUGUUCUGAUUGGACAUGAAGAUUGGGUCUAUUCUGUGGAAUGGCAACCUCCAGUCAUUGAUUCCAUUGAUGGGCUGUUAGUUAACCACCAACCGCUGAGCAUUUUAUCAGCUUCAAUGGACAAAACAAUGAUGAUUUGGCGACCUGAGAAGAAAACGGGUGUGUGGGUGAACGUUGUAUGUGUUGGAGAGCUAAGUCACUGUGCUCUUGGUUUCUACGGUGGCCAUUGGAGCCACAAUGGUCAGUCGAUUCUGGCUCAUGGAUACGGCGGAUCUUUUCAUCUCUGGAGAAAUGUCAGUAGCAGCGAAGAGUCUGAGAAUUGGCAGAUGCAGAAAGUUCCUUCGGGUCACUUUGCUGCCGUGACUGAUGUCACAUGGGCUAGAACCGGCGAGUAUUUGUUAUCCGUGAGCCACGAUCAGACCACUCGUGUGUUCUCAUCAUGGAAGAAUGAUGAGGGGAAUGAAGCAGAGGAUGAGCAUUGGCAUGAACUGGCUCGUCCUCAGGUUCACGGGCAUGACAUUAACUGUGUGGCUAUGGUUCAAGGUAAAGGCAACCACCGUUUUGUUAGUGGAGCAGAGGAGAAAGUUGUCAGAGUGUUUGAGGCUCCUCUGUCGUUCUUGAAGACUCUGAACCACACUUGUGCGGGAGGAGAAGGAAGCUUCCCUGAGGAUUUACAAGCAGAUGUGCAGGUUCUUGGAGCGAAUAUGUCUGCUCUUGGUUUAUCACAGAAACCUAUCUACUUGCACUCUUCGAGUGAACCGCUGGUGAGAAAUGGCGGAGGAGAAGGUUUGGAUACAUUUGAGACAGUUCCAGAGGCGGCUCCAGCGGAGUUGAAGGAGCCUCCGAUCGAAGAUCAGCUUGCGUUUCAUACUUUAUGGCCGGAGUCUCAUAAACUCUAUGGUCAUGGUAAUGAACUAUUUUCUCUCUGCUGUGACCACAAGGGAAAACUUGUUGCUUCAUCGUGUAAGGCUCAAUCUGCAUCCAUGGCGGAGAUAUGGCUAUGGGAGGUUGGGACAUGGAAAGCUGUUGGUCGUCUGCAAUCUCACAGCUUGACAGUGACACACUUGGAGUUCUCUUAUGAUGACACUCUACUCUUGUCUGUCUCAAGAGAUCGUCACUUCUCCGUUUUCUCGAUCCAAAGGACAGACAAUGGCGAUGUUAGUCACAAACUCAUGGCAAAGGUUGAAGCACACAAGAGGAUCAUAUGGGCAUGUUCAUGGAACCCGUUUGGCCACCAAUUUGCAACUUCAUCACGUGACAAGACUGUGAAGAUCUGGUCCAUUGAGAAUGACGCUCGCAUCAAACAGAUUCUUGCCUUGCCUCAGUUUGGGAGCAGUGUCACAGCUGUGGCUUGGACGGGACUAGACCACAAGGAGAAGAGCGGGUGCGUGGCGGUUGGGAUGGAAAGCGGACUGAUAGAGCUGUGGAACAUAAAGAUUAUAGAAAAAGAGGAAGGUACGACUGCAACAGCAGCUCUUGCUCUGCGGCUCGAACCAUUCAUGUGUCAUGUCUCGGCCGUGAACCGGUUAGCUUGGAGACCAACUGAGAAGUGCGAGUCUAAUCAGCGCUUGCUAACAUUAACUUCUUGUGGGGAUGAUAAUUGUGUGAGAGUUUUUAACUUCAAAUUUUGAGUUUACAACACAAAACACAUUGUUGUGUUUUAAGAUUAUGGACCAAAACUCUCUUUCAUAUAUGACCAUUGUAAUAUUUAUGCAAAUUUUGGUUAGCUAAGUUGAAACAUGUUAUCAAA